AUGUUCCCAUCAGCUUGGGUUGCUCUGAUCUUGGGCUUCCACGCCGUGUCCGUGGCAUCGGUCCCCACCAUCUCAGCCGUCGGCUCCAAAUUCUUCUACGAAGACGGCCGACAGUACUUCCUGAAAGGCAUCGCAUAUCAACGGACGCCCCAGGACCCUUUGAUUGACACCGCCCAAUGCCAGCGGGAUGUCUCCCGCAUGGCGGAACUCGGCGCCAACGCCAUCCGGGUCUACCACGUCGAUCCUGCAGCCGACCACGACGGCUGCAUGAAAGCCUUUGCAGACGCAGGAAUCUACCUCUUUGUCGACCUCGACACAUUUGACACAUCGAUCCGACAGGUCGGACCCCUUCGCCUCGACCAAUUCCACAAGUAUAAAGCGGUCCUCGAUGAGUUCCAACAAUACGACAACACCGCGGGCUUCCUCAUCGGGAAUGAGGUCCUCUCGACCGCGGCCGGCUCUCCAGCCGCCCCAUACGUCCUCGCCGCCACGCGCGACAUGAAAUCCUACCGCAACGAGAAGGGCUACCGCCAGAUCCCCAUCGGCUACACCGCCGCCGAUAUUGCAGAACUGCGGCCCAUGCUGCAGAACUACCUCGCCUGUCGCCCCGACCCCGCCGAGCGCCUCGACUUCUUCGGCCUGAACGCCUAUGAGUGGUGCGGUGCUGCCUCCUACGAAACCUCCGGCUACCGCACCCUCCAGCACCAGGCCGCCGACUACCCCAUCCCCAUCUUCUUCUCCGAGACGGGCUGCAACGCCGCACCGCCGCGCACCUUCGACGACCAGGCCGCCAUCUUCGGCCCCGACAUGUCCGCCACCUGGUCCGGCUCCAUCAUCUACGAAUGGAUCCAGGAAGCAAACCAGUACGGCCUGAUCAACUACGGGCCCUACGCCCCCGACGCCCCGCCCACCGACACCCUCGUCCAGGACGGCUACACCCGCCAGGGCGUGCCCACCCCCAUCGCCCCGGACUUUGACAACCUCAAGGCCCAGUGGAAAACCCUGUCGCCGUCCAGCGUCGCCCUGUCCGACUACAUCCAGUCCACAGCGGCUAUCAAACCCCCCGCCUGUCCGGCCUCGACGCCCGGCGGCUGGGCCGUCGACCCGAGCGCGCCGCUGCCCACCCUCGGCCAGACCUUCCACCCCGCGCCGCCUGUCGCAACGGCGAUCAGCCCGGACUCCGCAGACUCCGGCGCCAGCGCCGGCGAGAACACGGCCGUGGACGCGGUGCACAGCGUCAACGGCCAGGGCAAUGGCAGUGAUGGAGGCUUGGCUUCCGAGAACAACACCCACGCCAAGAUCACGUCUGCGCCAACAUUGACCACGACGUCUGGCCCAACGGCAUCCCCAGCGCCCUCCGCGUCGCAUCUCCCCAGUAAUGUCGGGCAGGCUGUCGCGGUUCCAAAAAUGGAUCGUCUCGAAGGUGUGGUCAUGUGUCUCUGCGUGGCGAGUGGGGCGUUGGCGUUGUGGCUGUAA